UGUGUUUACUUGCAUACUUUACACAGGCUGCCAUCGACGAAGAGGCUAACCAGUGUGUGUUCACCUGUCUAACCCGCAGAUAUAUCUUUAUUUACCUGCUACAAGUGUCAAGUUCGAGUCUGGUGAACAACCGCCGGAGAGUCCCAUGAGUCGCAGCCGGAACCCCCCGCAGCGGGGCCAGGGAGCGGCCCUGGCCAAACAGAUGGGCCUGAUGUUGGACCUGGAUGCUGACGGAGGUAUGGACGGGGGCAAUGACGAGGCGCUGGAGGCUGAGCUGCUGGCUCUGAUGGGGGGAGGAGGGGCCAAGUCGCCUGCCAAGAAGCCCGCCGGCAAGGCCCCGCUGCCGAUGGCGGACAUUGAGCGCAUGGCGGCGCUGUGCAUGAAGGACCUGGACGACGAGGACGACGACAGCGACUCAGAGGCCGACGCAGACCUGCUGGCGGAGCUGAACGAGGUGCUGGAGGAUGACGGUGAGGAGCAGGACGGAGCUCUGAUGGCGGAACUAGAAGAGGAACCGCUUCGUAAGCCCCCUCCUCCCCCUAAAGCAGCAGCAUCGCGGCCCAGCCCCCCCGCCGCCUCGCCGCGCUCCCCCCAGCCGGCCUCCUCUCCCGUGGGGGGCCCGGAGGGACGCGUGCUGGAGCGCAUCCAGCUCUACCAGACGGCCAUCGCCAACGCCAAGGCGGCCGGGGAGAGCAGCAAGGCCAGGAGAUACGAACGCGGACUCAAGUCGCUGCAGUCCAUGCUGGCGGCGGUGAGGAAAGGCAAGCCAAUCAACGAGGACGAGAUGCCCCCUCCGGUUGCCACGGGAGCAAAGCCCGCCCCCGCCCCCUCCCCUGCCUCCGCCUCCUCCCCCGAGGCUGAGCCAACCAGCGAGCAGGAGAGCCCGGUCGCGGCCAAUCAGAAGCCACGGCCCGAGGUGCCGUCCAAGCCCCAGCUGCAGGUGCCUUUGUCCAGAUCGACAGCCGUGACCCCGGAUACGCCCGCGAUAUCGCCACUCACGCCUGGACAGCCACACAACUCAGAGUUAAAGGAGCAGGUGGUAUCGAGGCAGAGGGAGUAUAAGCUGGCAGCCAUCCAUGCCAAGCAGAGCGGCAACACCGAGCUCGCCCGGCAACACUACCACGUCGCUAAGAGUUUGGAUGUGGUGGUGGAGGCGGUGGACAGAGGAGAGCCUGUGGAUUUGAGCUCUCUGCCUCCCCCACCAGAUGCUAGUCAUGUGUCUGCACCAGCUCCUGCCCAGGUGAACUCCAAACCCGCCCCUGCCUCCGCCCCCACGCCCGCCCCGCCUCCUACCGUUGCUGUGACCCCUGCACCUGACGCACCCCCUCGGACGGUGGGUGAGGCCCUACAGCAGCGUAUGCUGAAGUACCAGGCAGCAGCCGACACGGCCAAGAGCAAAGGAGACGACCGCAAGGCACGCAUGCACGGAAGAAUAGUCAAGCAAUACCAAGAUGCCAUCAAGGCCCACAAAGCCGGAAAACAGGUCAACCUAGCAGACCUGCCAGUGCCCCCAGGUUGUCCCCCUCUGCAGGGAAGUGAGUCUGGUGAGCAGAACUUCCUGGGCGUCUUGGAGAACGCCAUGAAACUGGCCAAUCAGGACGCGGACGCCGCUGCCGAUGACGACGAAGACGAUGACACAGCCAAGCCUGUGGCCCGGCCAGCUGUUCAGAAGGCGCGGUCUCCUGCCCCACCCUCCCCCGGUGGAACGCCCCGAUCAGCAUCAUCACCCAGCCUUGGAUCUAAAGCUCAGCAGCAGCUGGACUUCCUGUUGGCGCGUCGGCAGCAGUUUGUGAAGGCGGCGCUGCGCUCCAAGCAGAUGAAGGACAUGCAGGGAGCCGCGCAGCACCUGCGGCACGCCAAGGGACUGGACCCUAUGAUCGCCGCCGCUAAAGGAGGCCUACCUGUAGACAUCACGAAGAUCCCCAAUGCUCCAGUGAGUGAUGAAGAUUACUCUCUGGCUCGCUCCCGCUCCUCUCCUCUCUCCCCGCGAACAGCUGAGCAGUACACACAACUCAUGGGGCUGCUCAAACAACAACACGAGAAGUGCCUGAAAUACUCCCAGCAGUUUACACACCUCGGCAACGUCCCGGAGACCGCCAGGUUUGAGAAGCUGGCAGAAGAGUGUAUGAGCAACAUUGAGCUGUUGAAGAAGGCUCAUGCGAAGGGACAGCCAGUACCCAGCUACCACGUGGAGGAACGCACCUUCACUACUGUCAAGAUGUAUCCUGAUCUGACUGCCAAUGAGAUGCUCCUGAUUAUUGUCAAGGGCAUCAACCUGCCAGCUCCCUCAGGAGUGUCCCCCAGUGAUCUUGAUGCCAGCGUUCGCUUCGAGUUCCCCUUCCCCUCGGAAGAGCCUCAAAAAGAUAAAACCGCUACAAUCAAAAACACCAACUGUCCAGAGUUCAAGGAGCAGUUUAAACUCCAGAUCAACCGUUCGCACAGAUCUUUCAAGAGGGCGGUGCACUCAAAAGGCAUCAAGUUCGAGAUCUUCCAUAAAGGUGGUCUUUUUAAGGGUGACAAGAGUGUGGGCACAGCACAGCUGAAGCUUGAGUCACUGGAGAAUCAGUGUGACCUCAGAGAAAUCAUUGACGUGUUGGAUGGUCGUAAGGCCACAGGGGGGCGCCUGGAGGUUCGGGUGAAGAUCCGUGAGCCACUGGCGGGAGUACAGACCCAGUCCUCCACAGAGAAGUGGAUAGUCCUGGACCCCAAAACACUAUCACCCCCCGAGAGACAACGAGAACGUGUGCCUUCCCCCAAGUCUAAAGCCAGAAGUGAGCACUCGAGUAGCGACCACCAUAGCAACACCAAACCCAGUCAUUCUCCUCCACAGUUUAAACUGCAUAGCUUCAGCCUGCUUAACUAUGACAAGGAACGCCUAGAGAGAAAGAUGGAGGCGCACAAGAAGAACAGGCGGGACGUGCCGUCGGAGUUGAUCCAGCAGCACAAGGAGGUUUGUCACCGACUGCAGUGGCAGAGAAACUACCUGGAGAGGGGCUCAUCGUCAUCACUAUCAGAGUAUGAGCAUGUUCUGAAGAAGCUGGUUCACGGUCUAUCGGACUCUGUAAAGAAAUUCGGCAGUCAGGGCAACAGGGAGGCAGCCAAGGAUGCUUUAGGCCGAAUGAAACUGGUUGAACAGGAGAUGGAGUCGUUGAGGAAGAGGAGGAGUCUGUGAGGGAAAGGAAGAAGAUGUUGGACUGACGCAUAAAUGCUGGAAAAGACACACACACACGCACACACACGCGCACACAAACACACACACAC